UGCUGGGCUAAUUUUUCAGUCUCCCUCGCUUCUUCACACAAAGGCCCGAAUGGGAAAAACACCUUUCUGAGAUGUUUAACCGUUCGUCUCUGAGGUUGAUUUGAGACUGGUCGGAAGAUCUUUAACGCAGCUCCGAUUCUCCCUUUUCUCUGAGGUUCGCGACGGGAAAAGAACCAACCCAGAUACAGAAACACCGGACUCGCUCAUAACCAUACCCAGAUUCCAAUUCUUCUACCACUUCAUUGCUCGAAUUGCUAAUAGUGAGUUUUCUUUGCCUUUUCUUUUCUUGGCUCUGGUUUCUUUAGCUGCCUCGGAAUAUGCAUGUUGCCCCAGUACAACUCGAACUCUCUCAUCUCUGCUCUGGUUUUCUCUCAGAACUUUCCACAAACACUUGGAGCUCAUAACUUUCUCCAUAAGAUGUGGAGAGUAUGACCUGAUUUUUGCAGAUUGUUGCUAGCUAGCUAUGUGGGAAGGAAGAAUGAGAUCAAAGUUGUGUGCAUUGUCGCUUCUAGGUCGUACAUUUUUCAGUCGGUCUUCUGUUAAAUCCACCCAACAUGUUGAGCUCGGAGCUCUUACCAGUGCUACCAUGGCUUCUGGUUUUAGUUCAUGGCCUACACGCAUUCAUACUGUCGACACUGCUACUGCAUUGAAUUCCAAUGUUGGGGAUGUCUUCUCAUUUGGCUUUUGUUCUUGUUCCUAUAUUUCUCCAAACUCAAACCGCAAUAUUUUGGACACAACUUCGGAAGAAUCUUGUCAGUAUGCAGCCAAUGAUGAUCAUGUGAGCAGCGAUGACGACAAUGGUCGAGAAGAACAUGAAGAGGAGGACAUGAACAUGAAUGACAAGGGUGUGAUACGAGAUGUGGAUGCCAUUAUGGAUAUAUUUCAUGGGUUCAGGCAAGUAAAUCGUAUUCAAGUGAAAAAUAAGCUUGAGCAUUGCUGUAUUAAGGUCUCAGGAGAGUUAGUAGUAGCAGUACUUUCUCGGAUCCGUAAUGACUGGGAAGCAGCUUUCACUUUUUUUGUUUGGGCUGGUAAGCAGCCUGGCUAUGCCCACUCUGUGCGUGAAUAUCAUUCAAUGAUUUCAAUUCUUGGGAAAAUGAGGAAGUUUGACACGGCAUGGGCCUUGAUCGAUGAGAUGAGAGGAGGGACAACGGGCCCUUCUUUAGUGACACCUCAAACCCUUCUAAUUAUGAUUAGGAAAUACUGUGCUGUUCAUGAAGUUGGUAAAGCUAUAAAUACCUUCCAUGCUCAUAAAAGAUUUGGAUUUAACAUUGGACUAGAGGAAUUUCAAAACCUUCUCUCUGCCCUCUGCCGUUGCAAAAAUGUGAAAGAUGCUGAAUAUUUGCUGUUUUGCAACAAAGAUGUGUUCCCAUUUAACGUAAAGAGUUUCAAUAUUAUCCUCAAUGGAUGGUGUAAUAGAAUUGGCAGUCUUCAUGAUGCCGAGAGAAUUUGGAAGGAGAUGACGCAGAGAGGUAUCAGUCAUGAUGCUGUCUCAUAUGCAAGUUUCAUUUCUUGUUACUCAAAAGCUCGCAACCUUUAUAAGGUGCUCAGGCUUUUUGACGAUAUGAAGCAAAUGAAAAUUGAACCUGAUAGGAAAGUCUACAAUGCAGUCAUUCACGCUCUUGCCAAAGGUAGGCUUUUGAAAGAAGCUAUCAAUCUCAUAAAAACAAUGGAAGAGAAGGGUAUUAUUGCAAAUGUUGUUACUUAUAACUCAGUUAUCAAACCUCUAUGCAAGGCCCGGAAAUUUGAUGAAGCUAGAGCGGUUUUUGAGGAGCUGUUGCAGCGCGGCCUCUGCCCAACGAUUCAGACUUAUCAUGCCUUCUUGAGAUUCCUGAGAACGGAGGAAGAAAUAUUUGAGUUAUUGAAGAAGAUGAGAAAAAUGGGGUGUGAUCCAACUGCUGAAACCUACAUAAUGUUGAUCAGAAAGUUUUGCCGAUGGCGCCAGCUUGAUAACGUUUCCAGAAUAUGGCAUGAAAUGAGUGAAAAUGGAAUUAGUCCUGAUCGCAGCUCUUAUAUUGUCUUAAUACAUGGUCUCUUCUUGAAUGGAAAAUUAGAAGAUGCAUAUAAAUACUAUUUGGAAAUGAAGGAAAAAGAGUUGGUUCCUGAACCAAAGAUAGAUGAGGUACUACAAGCGUGGCUUGCUGGUAAGCCAAUGUUUCAAGAGAAUCCAUCAGAUUGUUCUGGGGAAGGCAAGAACUCCGGAUUGUUCCCCAAAAAAAUUGAUUUUCACCGACAACCUGAGAUUAGAAAGGUUUCAAGAGAUGGUGGUUUUUCAUUUUGGAAGCAGUAGGAUUUUGUAGUAUAUUAUUAUCCCUUCAACCUUGAGGUUCAAAUGGCUUGUUGGGUCCUCGAGUGGAUGACUUCAACCGUUCAUCUGAGGUUCAGUUCAGGUGUCUUUGACCUCUCUCUCCAUCUCGCAGUGAUCCUUUUUCCUUCCAAUACACCAUCAAUGCUUUUAUGUAGUUCAAAGUGCAGAGGACCAUUGCCAACCUAAGUUACACAUAUGUCUCGAUUUAAGAGGCUAGAGAUUCGAAUUUUCAAUAUGAUAUUUUAUUGAAUUCGGAAAAGAAAAAGUGUCGAGGAUCAUUGAUGGUACAAGUCAAAGAUGCAACCUUCAAUUACUUCUCAUCUUAUUUGGUCUCAACUUUGUCAUUAAAAAGUCAUUCCAAAGAGACUCUAAACGAGUCAUUGGCUGCAUACUACUCUCUUGGUGCAGAGGGCCCUAUGGAACAACAAAUUAAUUUGAUUUUUUUUUUCUUGGUACAGUGUUCUUGUUAACAUAAAUCUGCUAGAAUUAUCAUCCAAGGGGAAAGUAGCAUAGUAUCUACUGAAUAAGCAAACUCACCCUAUGGUGCCCUUUAAGAUUAAAGUGAUAUAUGGUCAAUUCGUUUGAUAAACCUUUUAGUUUGUUUGAUUUCACUUUUUUGAUAGCUGUAUCACCGAGCAUGAGCUUUUAACUUACACCGAUAUGCAAUAACGUUUAUAAUUGAAUAUGUA